AUGAAGAAGAAACAGCUUGUUUUUGUUCCAGCACCAGUCAGAGGCCACCUAAUAUCCACAGUUGAGUUCUCAAAGCGCUUAACUCAACGAGAUGAUCUGCUCUCAAUAUUUGUUCUAGUCAUAAGGCAUCCUCAUGGCCAAAGCUUGGAGUCAUACACUCAACAAGUGGCUGCUUCAAACACUAGUAUUCAAUUCAUCAACAUACCUCGUGUAGAUCAACAUCUACCAGAGUUCUUGGGCUCCCCAGAGCAUGGUUUUACUCGCUAUUUGGAAAGCCAUAAAUCCCAUGUCAAAAACGCAAUAGUCGACCAAUCCGAGUCCUUUACUUCUCUUGCGGGGAUAGUUGUUGAUCUAUUUUGUACAUCAAUGAUUGAUGUAGCAAAUGAGCUUGGCGUUCCUUCAUAUGUGUACUUCACCUCCAGCGCUGCCUUUCUUGGCUUCAUGCUUUAUCUUCCAAUUCACUAUAACCAAAAUGGAAGAGAAUUCGAGACUUCAAAUCCUGAUGCAAUCAUUCCAACGUACUCUCACCCGGUGCCUUCAAGUGUAAUGCCUUCUUUUGCAUUUAACAAGGUUGGUGGUUAUUCGUCAAUCCUAAAACAUGCUAUGAAGUUCAAAGAGACGAAAGGAAUCAUCAUAAACACCUUUUCUGAAUUGGAACCACAUGCGGUGAGUCAAUUGAAAUUCGACAACGAAACACCACCAAUUUACACAGUUGGACCCUUGCUCGGCCCGGAGGGUGAAACUCUAAAGCCAGACUGCGAAAGGAUAAUGAAAUGGCUAGAUGUUCAACCUCCAUCAUCAGUUGUGUUUCUCUGUUUUGGAAGCAGGGGUACUUUUGAGCCUGACCAGUUAGCAGAGAUGGCAAUUGCAAUCGAGCAGAGUGGCUACAGAUUCUUGUGGUCUGUCCGGUCGCCUGGAUCAAAGGACUUCACAAAACCUCCAGGCGAAUAUUCCAGUUUUUCUGGAAUAUUGCCGGAAGGUUUCUUGGAACGUACCGAAAAUCGAGGAUUGGUGUGCGGUUGGGCACUACAGCUGGAGGUGCUGGCUCAUGAAGCAGUUGGGGGCUUUGUUUCUCAUUGCGGCUGGAAUUCCACACUGGAAAGCUUGUGGCAUGGGGUGCCUAUUGCAACAUGGCCUCUUUACGCUGAGCAGCAAAUUUGUGCAUUUGAACUGGUAAGCGAAUUGGAAUUAGCAGUGGACUUGAAAAUGGAUUAUCGAAUGGAAAAUGCAGAGAAUCUCGUGAAGGCUGAGGAAAUAGAGAAAGCUAUCAGAUGUUUGAUGGACACUGAAAAUCCAAUCAGAAAGAGAAUUAGAGAAAUGAGAGAGAUGAGCAGAAAGGUCAUUCAAGAUGAGGGUUCUUCAUUCAUCUCACUUGAAUGCUUGAUUGAAGAUAUCUAUGUCAACAAAGCAAAAGCCUAGAAUCAUUUUUCAUUCAUCUGUAAACUCAUAUUUUUACUAUUUCCUUA